CGCAAAGGACCAAACACUAUUUUCGCUGAAAACCGGAAACGUGGGUAAACCGAGGAACAAGGGGAGAAAGCAGUCGUUUUUGUAUCUUUUGUCUUUAAGCUUGAACUGAAUUUUCCAGAAUUCAAGAUGUCUAGCUCGGCCAACAUCACCUCCAUGAAGAAGGUUGUCCAGCAGUUGCGUUUCGAAGCGAGUAUCAACAGAGUUAAGGUAUCUCAAGCAGCCGCAGACCUGCAGCAGUUCUGUAUCCAGAAUGCACACCAAGACCCUUUACUGACAGGGGUGUCUUCCAGCACCAACCCGUUCAGGACACAGAAAGUCUGCUCAUUUUUGUAACCCUCUCAUUUUAACUUAAUGGUUUAACCUAUCACUGUGAAGAAGCAACAUUGACAGCCUGACUGGAGUACUUUCACAGAGAAUGUUUAUUCCAGGGAUUUGUUUGAUAUGCAGAUUUGUUCAAAUGCUUUUAAAGUAAUGCCUUUUUCUUUUGCCAAACCAUGUUAUUUUAUUGCAGUAUAGGGUAAUUCUUUUCUAUAAUGGAGACAACCUUUGAGUGUAUUGUUCACGUGGUGAAAAAAGCUGUGGAAAACAGUAGUCCAGUGUGGCCCUGUAGUACAAGCCCUAUAUUACAACACAUCUUGUAGAUACACUGUGUUGUGAAUGAAUUGAUAAACCACUCAAGCUGUGGAACUAAUGCUCAGAUAUGUUGUUUAGUACAGGAUGACUAGAUAAUUCUAAUAUUGUGCCUUUUUAAAAUUAACAUUUACAACUGGAUUUUUUGUAAUUACUUUGAAAAGCACAAAAUAAAAAAAAACAAUGCCCAUACUUGUCUAUUCUAUUUUAGAACUAUCAGUAAUGAUUGUUUCACUUGUAGCGCUUUCCUGGAAACGCCACUGAAAGCUCACAACAGCUGUUGCAUCAUCCAGGUGGGGGCUCCCGUCCACCACCACCACCAAAGUGUAGCCACCC